GAGGAACCGGACGCCCUUAAGGAGCCGGCCGCAGGGCCGACGUGGAACUCCGAGAAGCGGAAGUGGUCAGGUGUCGGGUGCCGUAAAGCGCGCCUGGCUUUCCGGCCUUCCGGGUAACGCCGAGCGCGCCGAGUACCAGUACCGGCGUUCCUCGUGUGCGGGAAUCGGCCGGACCCUUGCUAAUUUCAUUUCUUUCGCAUUCCAGGCCCUUCCCUGUCGUCGUACCGUCCGCCUGGGAUCAUGUUUAAGAAAUUUGAUGAAAAAGAAAAUGUGUCCAACUGCAUCCAGCUGAAAACCUCAGUUAUUAAGGGGAUUAAGAACCAAUUGCUGGAGCAGUUUCCAGGUAUCGAACCAUGGCUUAAUCAGAUCAUGCCUAAGAAAGAUCCUGUCAAAAUUGUGCGGUGCCAUGAACAUAUAGAAAUCCUUACAGUAAAUGGAGAAUUACUCUUUUUUAGACAAAGAGAAGGACCUUUUUAUCCAACGCUAAGGUUACUUCACAAAUAUCCUUUUAUCCUGCCACACCAGCAGGUUGAUAAAGGCGCCAUCAAAUUUGUACUCAGUGGAGCAAAUAUCAUGUGUCCAGGCUUAACUUCUCCAGGAGCCAAGCUUUACUCUGCAGCGGUAGAUACCAUUGUUGCAAUUAUGGCUGAAGGAAAGCAGCAUGCUCUGUGUGUUGGAGUCAUGAAGAUGUCCGCAGAAGACAUUGAGAAAGUCAACAAAGGAAUUGGCAUCGAAAAUAUCCAUUAUUUAAAUGAUGGACUAUGGCAUAUGAAGACAUAUAAAUAAGCCUCAGAAGGAAUGCAGUUGUGCUCAGUAUGGCUACUGUGCUGUAUCUUUGCUUGUAUGUGUGUGUGACAGCAUGAAGACAAUGUCUCUGUGGCUAUGCUGAAUAAAUUCUCCAGAUGCUUA